AUGAUCUCUGUGCUACACACUUCCCACACCCGAUCUGAGGAUCACACAGGGGACAGCGAGCUGGAAUCUGACCCGUCACAGACUUGCUCGGGUGCCUCUGGGCCCUUGGAGCCGGUGCCUGGGCUGCGCCUCCGGGUGAAGGCCGGCCUGCUGGGGAUGGAGGCGCGCGAAGCGCAGCAGCGCACUCGGGAAUGGGUGGCCAGGCACACCCGCGCGCCCGAGGCCCGGGACCAGGGCCCCGUCAGAGCCUGGUCCGUGCUGCCGGAUAACUUCCCCUUGGAGCCUGGCUUCUGGGUCCCAGACCCUAAAUCGGCGCCUCUGGAGGCCCCGCGCUCCCCGCGUUCUCUCCUUCCCGUUGUCCCGGACCCCUGGCCUGGGAACCCUCCACUGACAGUCUUCCGCAGUAUUCGUUCUCAGCUGUCCCUCCAGGAGCUGGAUGACUUUGUGGACCAGGAGAGCCACAGCAGUGAGGAGAGCAGCAGUGGGCCCAGAGAGUCCCCUGGGGGGUCUGAAGAGGGGCUCCACGGUGCCCUGGGAACCCCAGAUUGGGGAAAGCUCAGGAAUUCAGCUGGUGGCCUUUCUCCAAAGGAGGGCAGCUCCAGCAGGAGCCCUCAAGGCCCCAGGAACAGAGGGGAUGGUCAUACCUCUCAGCAGGUCCCAGCUGGGGCUAAUGGUCUUGCAGGCCACCCCCAGGAGCCUUUGCCCUGGCCAGCUCCCAAGCUAAGGAGAUCCCUCAGGAUGAGCUCACGGGCAGAGAGAAGCAAAUUGUCGUCCUCGGAUGAGGAGUGUCUUGAGGAAGACUUGCUGAAAAGGAGCCGGCGCCCACCACGGUCCAGGAAACCCUCCAGGGCAGGAGCGGUGUCCAGCCCCAAGGUGGAUGCUGCUUUGACACCAAAACGUGCUGACAUCAAGGCUGCUGUUGCUGAGAGGGGUCGGCUGCACAGUUUGUGGGCCCCAGGCCGGCAGGAGCCUGCAGCCUUGGUCCCGCACAGAGCUUCUGAGCACAAGUCGCCUCUGGUCCCCCUAGAUGCCAGGGAGCAUGAAUGGAUUGUGAGACUUGCCACUGGCUCUUGGAUUCACGUGCUGACUUUGUUUGGGGAGGAUCCCCAGCUGGCUUUGCACAAGGACUUCUUAACUGGGUACACUGCUUUGCACUGGAUAGCCAAACACGGUGACCUCAGGGCCCUUCAGGACUUCGUCUGGAGUGCCCAGAAAGCAGGGAUUGCUCUUGAUGUGAACGUGAAGUCCAGUGGUGGGUAUACCCCCCUGCACCUUGCGGCCAUUCAUGGCCACCAGGGGGUGAUGAAAUUGCUGGUGCAGAGGUUGGCUUGUCGGGUGAACGUCCGGGACAGCAGUGGGAAGAAACCAUGGCAGUAUCUUACCAGUAAUACCUCUGGGGAAAUAUGGCAGCUCCUGGGAGCUCCUCGGGGCAAGCCUAUUUUUCCUGUCUAUCCCUUAGUCCGAAGCUCUUCCCCCACCAGGAAGGCCAAGAGCCGGGAAAUAUCUAGAAACAUCACCCGAAAGACUUCCCUUGCUGCACUACUCAAAAGUCAGCACCACAAAUGGAAACUGGCCAACCAGUACGAGAAGUUUCCCACUCCCAAGGAAAGGGAAGAGUACAGUGACUAAGGUGGGCCCCUCUCUGACAUGCAGCCCCCGCACCCCCAUCCUUGAGCUACUCAGUGAGAGAGUCCAGGGGGUGAAGAGAAAAAUGGCUGAGGAGCUGGUAAAGAGAUCAAGUGAGAGGGCCUAGCGAGUGUUUACCUGCCUGGAUUUUUUGUCAGCACAUCGUGGAUCUCAGGGGUCAUUCCCUCUUUCCCACAGCUCAAGUCCUUGGGCCAGUGAAACCCCUACGGGGGCGCCGAGUCAGGUGCUCCAAGCCCAGCAGGUGUUCUUCC